AACAGAAGGAGGAAAAUGAUGAAUUCGGACAAUUUAAGCUCCCAAAGCUUCCUCUCUGCGAUUCACAGCAACACCAGCAAUUUAUUCUCAGGGCUCCAGUUUGUUCAGUCCUUCAAGCCACUCAUCAUCCCCUGCUACUCGCUGGUGGUUUUUAUUGGUGUCAUUGGGAAUUACCUUCUCAUCUAUGUCAUCUGCAAGACAAAAAAAAUGCACAAUGUCACCAACUUUCUGGUAGGCAAUCUGGCUUUCUCAGACAUGCUCAUGUGUGCCACCUGUGUACCCCUGACCCUGGCCUAUGCCUUUGAGCCCCGGGGAUGGGUUUACGGGCGCUUCAUGUGCUACUUUGUUUUCCUGAUGCAACCUGUCACGGUGUUUGUGUCUGUCUUCACCCUGACUGUGAUAGCUGUGGACAGGUACUGUGCCACGGUGUACCCGUUCCGCAGGAGGCUCACCAUCCCCAUCUGUGCUUACAUCCUGGCUGCUAUUUGGCUGCUGAGCUGCACUUUGGCUGCCCCAGCCUUGGUCCACACCUACCACGCAGAGUUCCCAGAGCUGGACUUCUCCAUCUGCGAGGAGUUUUGGUUCCACAUGAAAAGAGAUCGUUUGGCUUAUGCCUACAGCACCCUCAUCAUCACCUAUGUAUUGCCUUUGGCUGUCAUCUCCCUGUCCUACCUGAGGAUCUCAGUCAAGCUGAAGAACCGUGUAGUCCCAGGCAAUGUCACCCAGGGCCAAGCUGAGUGGGACCGUGCCAGGAGGAGAAAGACUUUUCGCUUGCUGGUCUUAGUGGUGGCAGCCUUUGGAGUCUGUUGGCUGCCCCUGCACAUCUUCAACAUGAUAAAGGACAUCGACAUCAGCUUGAUUGACAAGCAGUACUUCAACUUCAUCCAGCUGCUGUGCCACUGGUUUGCAAUGAUGUCUGCUUGUACCAACGCCUUCCUCUACGCCUGGCUCCAUGACAGCUUCAGGGGAGAGCUGAAAAAGAUGUUUGCCUGGAGGAAGAAGAAAAUUGGACCUGCUACAAACUGCAUUAUGGCCAGUGUGGUGCUGUAA